AUGAUGAGUUGUGUAGGUCCAUCGCUAGAUGGAGGAAACGGCUGGAGGAGCUUCCGCGGGCAACCUGGACCUGCGGUCCGAGGGGCUCUCGUGGGAAGGAAAAGCGCUUGGAUGGCGAGGGCUCACGGUGGCCUCACGUACAGAAUGACCCAAGUCAUUAUGGGUCACGGGUGUUUUGAGGCGUACCUGCACGAAAUCAGGAAAAGUGAGUCACCGAUUUGCCGACACUGCCGGGCGGCGAUAGACAAUGGUGUGCACACCCUCCUUCGCUGUCCCUCGUGGGAUGCGGAGAGGGAGAACUUGUUCGCGACUCUCGGUCUGGAUCUAGAUCUAAACCGAGAGUACGCUCGGGUGAUCGAGGCCAUCAUGGGCUCUUAUGUAGCGUGGACGGCUUUCGCGCGGUUUUGCGAAGUCGUCAUGAGAGCGAAGGAGAGAGCAGAGAGGGACCGUAGGAGGGAUCGGAGGGCCCGGGUGGUACAUCCACUUGUGCCGCCAUCUCUCUUGUGGGGCUCUGACUUCUCGUAG